AUGUAUCUGGCUAACGAAUUGAAAACAGUAGAAAACGCCGUUAAUAAUAUUGAACAAAAGUCGCUACCAGCGAUCGAAGAGGAACUUCACUAUGGUAAGAUACAAGCAUCGCUACAUAAACUGAUAGACGGAAAACCAAACAUGGAUUAUCUGUCAAAAGAUGAAGCUAGUCAAUUAUACAAUACACUAUUACAACAUGCGCCGAAUUUUUUUAUGCAAUUCGAGCAGCCUCUGUUCUUAACAGCUAAUCGCUUAUUAACAUCUCAAUCGUUUCACUUUGCUAUUAAUAGCAAUAAUACGGGAAAUGGGAACCAAAAAGAAAAUACACAAUCAACGCUCAACGAUAGUAACAUUGAAUUGCAACGAACUGUUCAAGUUAUUGGACGGAAAAAUAUUGUUGAAACGGCUAUAAAAGAAAUACAAUCAGAAGCCAAGAAACUUGAUUUUACUCGUUUCAAAAAUAUUUGUAGAGGCUAUGAGACAAUAUUAAAUUACUUUCCUUUCGUCUACAAUCCUCGAUCGAUUUUCAACGAAAGAGUGGACGAAAUCGACAGAACAGCUUUGACCUAUUUAAAAAAUUAUUGUUCUAAUAUUAAUUAUACUAACGAAAUCAUACCAUUAUAUACAGUAGGUGAUGGUAAUUGUCUAUAUAACUCAAUUGAAUUAUUACAUACUAAGUCAAUAUCAGUACUUGAACUUAGACUUCGAAACAUCAUCGAACUGACAGUAAAUUCGACAAUAUAUAAACAACAAUAUCCACAUUACGAGACAUUGUUUGAAAAACUGGAAGAUUAUGUUAUGAAGGAAAUGGUCAAAAAUUUUUAUGAUUCAUCACCGUGGGACUUAGUGUCAUUACCAUCGGUUGUGAAGUGUGAUAUUCGUCUGAUUUAUCCUAAUAUUGGCGACACAACAGCGGUGGAUUUCAUUUCAAAUUUACCAUUACAUUUUUCACAUCAUUUAAACACAAUAUUCAAGCCAAAACAAAAUGUUUUAUCAAAUGGACAAAUUACUUUGUUAUGGUCUCACAAACUCCUACCGAAAAAACAAAAAACUGGCACUGAAUGGCGUCCAAAUCAUUUUGUACCUGUGGUAAAAAAGUGCAAUUCUUCAAUUCAAAUUGUACCGAAUAUUCUUAAAACAAAAGAAGAACCAAAUGAAUUGAGUAAGAUAAAGUCCUAUAAGGUCGAUCCAAAACUGAAUAAUAAUACAAUUUUGCAAGAAUUAGUUAACUUCAUUAAACGCAUACUCUGUCAAAAGAAUUUAUUAUGUCCAAAUCAUUCGAUAUUAACAGAACUGAAAAAAGCGUUAAGUAGGUUAAAGUUAAGAAAAGGUAUGAAACGAAAAGCACAUCGCUCAUCAACAAGUUUUUGGCCAACAACAAUAAUUCGCAUUAAGUUAGAAACAGAAAAUUUUCUAAAUGGUGAAUUGAAUGGAGAAAUAUUAUCACUAUCAAACACCAUCUCAGAUGAAAAUGAUGUGUAUCAUUUUGUGUGUGUACAACAUCAGGUCCUGUCUCCAUCUACAUGGGCAUUAGAUUUUCUAGAAAUUGAAGAACUGGAUGAACUAAAUUUCAUGGAUUCAGUUAAUGUUGCAACAAGUGAUGAUAGAAACGAAAUAACUGUAUCAUUUCCACUCAGUCGUAUUCGAGUGUUGUACAAGAACAACGCUAAACCGGUUGAGUCAAUGUUAAAAUUAUUUAUUGACACAAUCGAAAUGCAGCUGACUUUGGAUGAACAAAAUAGAUUAGACAAAAAACAACUACAUUGUCGUAUAACUAACCGUUUAAGUGUUAUUGAUGUAUUAUCAGUACAGUCUCAAACAAAAGCCCAACAUAUUACAUUUUCCUGUCCUUUGAAGAAACAUGUCGACUGUCCACCAUUUAACACCCUAUUAAAAAUUCGUCAAUCAUUGUCGAAGUGGAUACCACUAAAAACCACGGAAUACGGCUCGUACUUGAACGUAAACCACGCUGUGGUGAUAUUUACCACAUUAUAUCCAAACGUUUUAACGCAUCUAUCGGAACCAGGAUGGGUAGAUGUUGGUGUCGAGGGUCAAAAGACCAAAUCGUUGAUACCACUUGCUUAUUUUCGAAUUACGAAAGAAAAUCGAGAAAAUCUUGAACAAGCAAUACCAAAUGAAUUCAUCAAUAUAUAUCAAGACAUAGUUGUGGAUGUGCUCCAUAUGAUGCUUCGAAUAUGCGAUAUUCUUCUCAAGUAUGCAAUCCGAGCAGCAAUCGAAGUAAAACCAAAAUCAAAAAAAGAUCCGCAAAUUACUGUUCAAGAAGCAGAAGAUCAACUAGAAAGCGCCUUGGUGCCUAUUCGUUUUUCACUUGAAAACAAGAAAAUUGUCGUGACAAGCACAGUUACCGGUCCAAUGCAUUUAAAAUUCACUUCCACUCUACCAUUGGAUAUAAUUAUACAAGACAAACACAAAGCACGGAAGAUCAUGUCAUUGAUUAAAAAUUUCUUUAAUUUAUUAAAACGAGCAAAGCUGGAUAUUAAAAAAAGCGACGAAACGGAAUUUAUCGAAAAACUUUCGAAGGAUGCCAGAAAAUGGGGCAUAAAAUAUGGUAUACUGUUCGGAAUCGACGAAGUUACUCCUUAUGUUCACGUACUAAGCGCGCAUAUUGGAGAGUUUUACAAAAUCUUCAAAAACUUGAACAAAUUUACGAUGCAAGGAGUGGAAAAACUAAACGAUGUGAUGACACAAGAUUAUUUUAGGGGAAGUAAUAAAAAAGGAGACUAUUUUACUCAAAUGUUAAGACAACGCAUAUGUGAAUUAUUAUUACCGUUAUCCGCUAGAACGUUAGAAGAAAUACGGUCGCAAUUAGACAAAACAUCACGAUUCAAUGCCGAUAGUGCAUCUUCAAACGAUGAUGCCGAAGAAGAUGAUAUAUCGCUAAACCUUCCGGCUGUUUUAGGGCUUAUAUAA